AUGGAAAACCACAGCAUUGUCAAUGAGUUUGUCUUUACUGCUUUCCCCAAAAGUUUUGGUUUAGAAAUAUUAUUUUUUAUUUUGUUUCUAAUACUCUACAUUAUUAUAAUUUUGGGUAAUGUCAUUAUAAUAAUUUUAACAUUGUGGGAUACACAUCUUCAAUUACCAAUGUAUUUUUUCCUUGGUAACAUUUCGUUUCUUGAAAUGAGUAUUUCAACUGUAGUGAUACCCAACCUUUUGGUUAUAUUACUGUCAUAUAGAAAGACCAUAUCAUUUGUAGGUUGCUUUGUCCAAUGCUAUUUAUACUUUGCUUUAGGAACAACAGAUUUUAUAUUAUUAGCAGUAAUGUCCUUUGACCGUUAUGUAGCUAUCUGCAAUCCCUUACAAUAUGUAGUGAUUAUGAACUGGAACACAAGUUUCUAUUUGGCUCUUGCAUCUUGGAUGGGAGGAUUUCUCAUUGUACUAACUCCUGCUGUUAUCAAAGCAAUGUUGCCAUACUGUAAAUCAAAUGAAAUUAAUCAUUUUUUCUGUGACUCUUUUAAUAUGAUGAAACUUGUCUGUAUUGACACUACACUUCUUCAACUAUUUGAUUUCUUCAUGUAUUCUUUAGUGAUUGUGGGUUCUUUGAGUAUAACUAUUUGGAGUUACACAAUCAUAGCAAUAACAAUCUAUAGAAUACCAUCUGUUACUGGACGCCACAAAGCCUUCUCCACUUGUGUUUCUCACCUUUUUCUUGUAAGCCUCGGCUACGGUGGAACAAUUUUUAUAUAUGUUAUUCCAAAGGGAAUCUACUAUUUAAAAUUAAAUAAAUUCAUUAGUUUAAUAACAAUAUUUGUCACUCCUAUUCUAAGCCCAUUUAUUUUUAGUCUACGAAACCAAGCUGUACAAAAUGCAUUUAUGAAUAUAUACUUUAAGGUAAAAUAA